GAAGCUGUUCAAGUAAAAAGAAGAAGAAGAAGAAGGUUCAUCUUAAAAAGGUGAUACUUUUUUACAGUUUUCACAUGAAAAAUUACGAAUUUUGCUUAGAAAUAUAAGAAUUAACGGGAUCCAUACGCGAUGGCCGACGAGCGUAACUUCCGGUCCACGUACUACGAAAAGGUCGGUUGCCGUAGCGUCGAGGAGCGGCGAUCUUUGGAAAUUUUGCUCAAGGAUAAACCACUGAACGUACUGAAGCUGAAACAAUUCUGCAUCCUGUUCAACGUGCCCAACAUCUACCGCAAUCUGCUGUGGAACUUCUUGCUAGGAGUAACCCCUGCAUACACCGACUCGAGCAGAUACGUGAUGGCCCAGAGAGAGGCCGUGUACAAUGACCUGCAGCAUGCCCUGAAAGUGAUGCGCACCAUCGAUGAUAAAACAUCCAAGGCGAAGGUUCUGUACGCCAUGUGGUUGCUGGAAACGAAACAGCUCCGUUUGGGUGUGGAUUUGAGCGACGACCACCCGUUUUGCGACAUCACCAAGGUUCUGCUGAAAACGUUUACCAGUUCGGUGGAAAUCUACUGGAUGGCUAAGGGUUUCUACGACUACAGCCAAGAAAUCAACGAGGAGAUGGGUAAGCUGGUGGACCUUACCAGUACCCUGCUAGAGAAAGAGGACAACGGCUUGUUCAUGCACUUGAAGUCCUGUGAUAUACUGAACGUGCUUCCGCUGGCCCGAUGGUACGGAUCCUUUUUCGCCGGGGUCUUACCGGAGCUGGCCCUCAUCAGAAUAUGGGACAAAAUAUGCGGCGGUUCCAUUAAAAUUGUCAUCUUUGUACUGAUUGAGAUACUGCGAAUGCUGAGGAGACACGUUUUCAAGUGCAUGACCCUGAACGCUUUGCUGGAGUGCAUCAAAAGUAUGGAACAUGAUCAGGAAACGGCCGACCUGGUGAUCAACAAGGCAAUAGAACUGUGGCAGCAAAACAAAGGGCACAACGAGUUUAUAAUGCAGUCAAAAAUCAAAACGCUUAUAUGAGAGCGGCAUUCGUUGAGUUUCUCGGAUUGAAAGUCCUAAUUUAAUUUGUUAAUUAUAUUUAAUACUUAAGUAGUUUGUAAAUUAUAAUAGUGUAAAAUCUAAAAAUAUAAAAUAUUCUUAUGAAUAAAAGUUUCAAA